CAGCACGGCCGCCCACUCACAGACAGGCUGGGUGAAUCUUAAUUGUGUAACGUUCAUUGACGAGUCAGCACAAUGCUUGUGAGACCGCGGAGGCGCACCGAGCCCAGCAGAGCGAUGUAAUGCUCCCAUCGAGGAGGACACAGAUGGACAGCCUAGUUCAACCGCUCGUCGCCCAGUACCUCGCAAUGGGAUGUCAGUCAAAAGAAAACCAAAACGAAAGUAUAACAUCAGAGGAAAAGGGCAGAGACGAAGCGAGAGUGACUCAAGGAUGCACCUCCAGGUCUAGAGUUUCUCCUCCAGGUCGGCCUCACAGGUUCCACAAACCUAGCCCGGCCCAUACCCCGCCGAGUAAAUCAGUAAUGCCUCUGGGACACCUUACCAAGGGCGCAACCUGGGAGGAGCUCAUCCAAGCCUGCCUGCAGUCUUUUGACGCAAACGGAUGUGUAAACGGGAACGGCCACUUGCUGAACAUCACCCUGACCAUGCACCGUCACCUCAUCUCCUCCGAUGAUCUGCUGGACAAACUCGUCUCUUUAUAUCCUUUGCGGAGUGCAUCAUAA